ACUCUGACCCGGAAGUUAAUCAAGCGAUUGGCGAUUAUUAUCCGCCAUAAGUGUGUUUUCUCUGUAAUUUAGCGGCGAAAUAAAGGACAAACUGACUGUUUUGAUGCGCGAUUAAACAUACAAAAGUCGACGAAGGGGAAAGAAGACGAGGGAGUUUGUGCCUAAAGAGGACUGAAAAGAUAUGGACUCUCCAAGCACAAGUACUGCUCAAAAUCGACACAAUGGGGAGUCCAACGAGGACCCUGCGCCGCAACAGGAUUCCUCUGUUCCCAAGAGUCCAAACAAAGAAGAAGAAGAAAGAGGAGGAGGCGAACCUGAUGAUGGUGGCAGCAGUCCGGCAGGAAGUGUCAGCUCAGACAGCGACAGUGACAGCAGCAGCAGCGAGGACGAACACCGUGUGGCCAUGAGGAAGAUCAGGAGCAGUGUGGCUCAGAUCACAAGUUUCACAGAACAACAGCCGCCGGGUUUUGUAGAACCGGACGGUUCCAGAUCCAGAAGCAGAGACAAGUCCAAAUCAAAAUCCAGGGAACAAGACGGAUCCAGGUCCAGAAGCCGAGACCGGUCCAGAGGACGAAACAGGUCCAGGUCCAGAGAACGAGAGCGAUCCAGGGGACGAGACCGGUCCAAGUCCAGAGAGCGUUAUCGUUACGACAGAGGACGGCAUCCUAGGGAUCGCUAUAUCGGUCGCCACGAUGAAAGCAACCGGGGCCGUGAGCGAGACCAUCGGGGCCGUGGCCGUAGCCGCUCCCCCUCAUGGGAUGGCCAGCCGGCAUCAGCCAAUGAGCCACUGGCCAAGAAGAAGAAGGAAGAGCUGGACCCCAUCCUGACCCGGACAGGUGGCGCCUACAUCCCGCCCGCCAAGUUGCGCCUUAUGCAGCAACAGAUCACCGACAAGAGCAGCUUGGCCUAUCAGAGGAUGAGCUGGGAGGCGCUGAAGAAGUCCAUCAACGGUUUAAUCAACAAAGUGAACGUGUCCAACAUCGUCAACAUCAUCCAGGAGAUCUUGCAGGAGAACAUCGUCAGGGGAAGGGGUCUGCUGGCACGCUCUGUGCUGCAGGCGCAGUCAGCGUCUCCCAUCUUCACGCACGUCUAUGCUGCAGUGGUGGCCAUCAUCAACUCCAAGUUCCCGCAGAUCGGAGAGCUCAUCCUCAAGCGACUUAUCCUCACAUUCAGGCGCGGAUACCGGCGCAACAUCAAGCAACAAUGUCUGACAUCGUCUAAAUUCGUGGGUCACCUCAUCAACCAGAAUGUGGCCCACGAGGUUCUGUGUCUAGAGAUGCUGACGCUGCUUCUGGAGCGGCCCACUGACGACAGCGUGGAGGUGGCCAUUGCCUUCCUCAAGGAGUGCGGCCUCAAGCUCACCGACGUCUCCCCCCGCGGAAUCAACGCCAUAUUUGAGCGCCUGCGCAACAUCCUGCACGAGUCGGCUAUUGACAAGCGCGUGCAGUACAUGAUAGAGGUGAUGUUCGCCAUCCGGAAGGACGGCUUCAAGGACCACCCCGUCAUCCCCGAGGGUCUCGACCUGGUGGAUGAGGACGACCAGUUCACGCACAUGUUGCCGCUUGAAGACGAGUACAACACCGACGAUGUCCUCAAUGUGUUCAAGAUGGACCCAAACUUCCAAGAAAAUGAGGAGAAGUACAAAACGCUGAAGAGAGACAUCUUGGACGAGGGCAGCAGCGACUCUGGUGAGGAAGGAGACAGCGAGGAUGACGAAGAUGACGAAGAUGGCGAUGACAAGCAGGAGGGGGAAGAUGAGAAGGUGACCAUCUUGGAUCAGACAGAGGUCAACCUGGUUGCCUUCAGGAGGACCAUCUACCUUGUCAUCCAGUCCAGUUUGGACUUUGAGGAGUGUGCUCACAAGCUCAUCAAGAUGGACUUUCCCGAUAGUCAGACGAAGGAGCUUUGCAACAUGAUUCUUGACUGCUGCGCUCAACAGAGGACCUACGAGAAGUUCUUUGGCCUGCUAGCAGGGAGGUUCUGCCUGCUGAAAAAGGAGUACAUGGAGAGCUUUGAGGCCAUCUUUUCCGAGCAGUACGAGACCAUCCACCGACUAGAGACCAACAAGCUGAGGAACGUGGCCAGACUCUUCGCUCACCUCCUCUACACUGACUCUGUCCCCUGGAGUGUUCUGGAGUGCAUCAAGAUCAGUGAAGAGACUACCACCUCAUCCAGCAGAAUUUUUGUCAAGAUUCUCUUCCAGGAGCUCUGCGCUUACAUGGGCCUGCCCAGACUCAACCAGCGCUUCAAAGAUAUGACCCUACAGAGUUUCUUCGAAGGUCUUUUUCCUCGCGACAAUCCCCGAAACACUCGAUUCGCCAUCAAUUUCUUCACAUCCAUCGGCCUGGGAGGUCUCACUGACGAAUUGAGGGAACACCUGAAGAAUGCCCCCAAGAUGAUCAUGACUCAGAACCAGGAAGUGGAAUCUUCCGACUCCUCUUCCUCUUCUGACUCCUCUUCUUCGUCCUCCUCUGACUCCUCCUCCUCUGACUCGUCCAGUGACUCGGAUUCGUCGUCGUCCAGCAGCAGCAGCUCAGACUCGGACACCAAACACAAGAAAAAGAGGAAGCAGAAAGGACAAAGUGACAAGAAAAAGAAAAAAGAGAAGACCAAGAGGAAGAAGAACCUUGACCACAGGGGGGACACGAAAGGACGUGGACGCCAUGAAGAAGAGGGGAAUGGGAGCCGGAAAAAAGAAGACGCUCGAGGGAGGGAGGACAGGAGAGGGAGGGAAGAAGAGAAGCGAGGGAGGGAAGAAGAGAAGCGAGGCAGGGAGGAGGAGAAGCGAGGGAGGGAGGAGGAGAAAAAACGAGGGAGAGGAGAGGUCAGCAGCAGGAGGGAGGAGGAUGACAGAAGGGGAAGGAGGGAGGAGGACAGAAGAGGGAGAGAGGACAAACGAGGGAGAGAAGAUGAGAAUCGAGGGAGGGGGAGAGAGGAGGAGAGGAACAAGGAGAACAGAGACGGCAACAGAGACGACAGGAGGCGGCGAUGAACACUGCUCACUCUUUUGACCCUUUAGAUUUUCUUAUAAUGUCCAUCCAUCCAUUUUCUGAGCCGCUUCUCCUCACUAGGGUCGCGGGCGUGCUGGAGCCUAUCCCAGCUGUCAUCGGGCAGGAGGCGGGGUUUCUUAUAAUGUGAUUGAGAAAAAAAAAACAUUAAAGUUGUCAUUUUUCAA